AUACGCAGUUUUCUUCUUAGCAGAGACAGUUCCUUCCGCAGAUCACCAGUGGGGUGACUCAUUCCCCUUUGUUUCUCCUUUUUAGCAGCACACAUCCUUCCCAAUGCUUGCUGCACUGACGGCAACAUAGCCGUCAGGGAGACAGACAGCAGACAAGGAAACCGGUGGCUGCACAAGGAUCAUGGGAUGCCACCUGGACCUUCUGUUGGGGGUAAUGCUCGUGGCCAGCCCUGUGCUAACAAUUCCUUCCUGCACCUCUGAUGGCCAGAGGGCCUUGUAUCGAUCCUGUAACCUAACCCAGGUGCCGCCGGUCCCCAGCACCACCCAGAUCCUCCUGCUCAGCUUCAACUAUAUCCAGACUGUGACAACCACGUCCUUCCCCUUCCUGGAGCAGCUGCAGCUGCUGGAGCUCGGGACUCAGUUUACCCCCUUUACCAUCGGCAGAGAGGCCUUCAGAAACCUGCCCAACCUCAGGGUCUUGGACCUGGGCAAGAGUCAGGUGGAUUUCCUGCAUCCCGAUGCUUUCCAGGGGCUGCCCCGCCUGCAGGAACUUAGACUCUUCCACUGUGGUCUGUCCGAUAAGAUAUUAAAAGAUGGUUACUUCAGAAAUUUGGAGUCUUUGUUUCGCCUGGACCUGUCCAAAAAUCAGAUUCGUAGCCUUAACCUUCACCCUUCGUUCUGCGAAUUAAAUUCCCUGAAGUCCAUUGAUCUUUCCCUCAACCAGAUACCUGUCGUGUGUGAACAUGAGCUUCAGCCGCUGCAAGGGAAAACGCUCUCGCUAUUAAACCUCGCCGCCAAUCAGCUGUACAGCAGGGGCUCCGUGGACUGGGGCGCGUGCAUGAACCCAUUCAAAAACAUGGUCUUGGAGACCCUGGAUGUUUCUGGCAAUGGCUGGACUGCAGACAUCAUAGGCAACUUCAGCAGGGCCGUCAGCGGGAGCCAGAUCUCCUCCCUGGUGCUGGCCCACCACAUUAUGGGGUCCGGGUUUGGCUUCCGGAACAUCAGGGACCCCAACCGGGACACGUUUGCAGGCCUGGCCAGGAGCACGCUGCUAUGGCUGGACCUGUCCUAUGGCUUCAUCUUCUCCCUGAACUUCCGAGUCUUUGAGGCCCUCAAGGACUUGAAGCUCCUGCAGCUGGCCCACAACAAGAUCAACAGGAUUGCGGGAGAAGCGUUUUAUGGCCUCGACAGCCUCCAGGUUCUCAACAUGUCCUACAACCUCCUGGGGGAGCUUUAUGAUUCUGAUUUCUCCGGACUCCGUCAGGUAGCCUAUAUUGAUCUCCAAAACAAUCAUAUUGGGAUCAUUCAGAGCCAGACCUUCAGGUUCCUGAAAACGUUACAGACCUUGGAUCUGCGGGACAAUGCUCUUAAAACAAUCUCUUUCCUGCCAAGCCUAGACACCAUCUUCUUGGGUAGCAACAAGCUGGCGGCCUUGCCGGACAUGGAGCUUAAAGCCAACUUCAUCCACUUGUCCGAAAACAGGCUGGAGGAUCUGGACGAUCUCUACUUCCUCCUCCAGGUCCCCGACCUCCAGGUCCUCAUUCUGAAUCAAAACCGCUUUUCCUCUUGCAGCCGUGCUCGCAGCCCGGCAGGGAGCCUCAGCCUGGAAACGCUUUUCCUCGGAGGAAACAUGUUGCAGCUUGCCUGGGAAACCGGCUUCUGCUGGGAUGUCUUCAAGGGGCUUUCACGGCUCCGGGUCCUGUAUCUGAACAAUAACUACCUGACCUUCCUCCCUCCCGGGGCCCUUGGCGAUCUGAGCGCGCUGAGGGGUCUCGACCUCAGCUCCAACAGGCUGAUGGCGCUUGCUCCUGGUGACCUGCCUGCCAACCUGGAGGUGCUGGAUGUGUCCAGAAACCAGCUCCUCUCCCUGGACCCUGACCUGCUGGCGUCCCUCACUGCUGUGGACAUAACACACAACAAGUUCAUCUGUGAGUGUGACCUCCGUUCUCUCGUUGUUUGGCUCAACCAGACCAAUGUCACCGUGCUUGGGUCUGGUGCAGACAUCUCCUGCAUGUACCCCAACACACUCGCAGGGACCCCCCUCUCCUCUGUCUCCAUGGAGGACUGUGAUGAAGAGGAGGUCUUGAAGACCCUACGGUUGUCUCUUUUUGUCUCCUCCACGGUGACUCUGACUCUGUUCCUCGUGACAGUCUUCGUGUCUACCAAGCUCCGGGGCCUUUGUUUUGUCUGCUACAGGGCGGCCUGCGGACUGCUGCCCACGGUCCAGGCCGAGCGCCACGAGUCCGAGCCGUACAGAUACGAUGCAUACUUCUGCUUCAGCGGCAGAGACUUUGAGUGGGUGCAGCGGGCACUGCUCAGACACCUGGAUGCUCAGUAUAGCGCCGAGAACAGAUUCAACCUGUGCUUUGAAGAAAGAGACUUUGUCCCGGGGCGGGAGCACAUCGCCAACAUCCAGGACGCCGUGUGGGGCAGCAGGAAGGUGGUCUGCCUCGUGAGCAGACACUUCCUCCGGGACGGGUGGUGCCUGGAAGCCUUUGCCUAUGCCCAGAGCAGGUGUGUGUCUGAUGUGGAUGGCGCCCUCAUCCUGGUGAUCGUCGGGUCCCUGUCCCAGUACCAGCUGAUGAAGCACCGGGGCAUUGCAGGGUUUGUGCGGAAACGGCACUACCUGAGGUGGCCCGAGGACCUCCAGGACGUGGGCUGGUUCCUUCACACACUCUCCCAGCACAUUCUGAAGAGAGAGAAGGACACCGUCAGGGAUGGCAGCAUCCAGCUGCAGGCUGUGGUGACCGUCUCCUAGCCAAGGAGCAUUUCCCCCUAAUCUCACGCCACGGAUAACUCUUACUGUUUGGGGGUCCUAUUUUGGAGGUUUUUUU